AAAAAAAAAAAAAGUUUUAAGGAAAGCAAAAAUCACGGAAGAAGACUUUGCAGUCCUUCGAGUUUGGCAAGUGCGUGGACUCAAAAGCGGGAGUCGUUGCCGCGUAAAAGAAGACACAAAAAGACACUUUUGUGCAAUUUUCCAAGCUUGGUUUUCACGAGAGCGGGGUCAUGGAGGCAGCCAUUAAGACGGUGGUCGAUGUCUUCCUGAAGUCCGGCAGAGGGAAGGACAGUCUCGGGAAGAAAGACUUCCAGAGUCUGGUCAAGAGCCAACUCAGCAACAUCCUGUCGGACACCGACAGCAAGGAUGCCAUCAACAACAUGGGCCAGGGCCUGGACGCCAACCACGACGGCAAGGUGGGCUUUGAGGAGUACCUGAAUCUGGUAGGCUUCCUGGCCAAGUCCCUCAGCGAGCAGCGGAGUCGUGCCAAGGACGAGCCCGCCCAGAACGCCGCGGUGCAAAGCUCGCCUGAGGGAGAAACCAAGGCGGACGCGGGUGUGAAAGCGGAAGCCAACGGCGACGGCAACCUGGACGCCAAGGCAGACGGGAAGGUGGAGGUGAAGAUGGAAGCCAAGGUGGAGGAAGCCGAGAAGAAGGUGGCGCUCGAAGAGGAGAAACCUGCAGCGUUUGCGGCGGCGGCGGCGGCGGCAGUAGCGGAGGUGGCGGAUGCGGGGGUGACAGUGAACGUGUCCUCGAGCACCGCUAAGGUAGAGGUGGGAGGUCUGGAGGAGACAAAAAAGGUGGAGGAAGUGGUGGAGAAGAUGCCUGAAGAUGCCCCGGAGGAGGCUGAGAAGAAAACAGAGGACUCAUAAGGGACAAUCCAUCCGUCCAUUGAUUAUGAUCACACUAAUAAUACACGCACACACACACACACACACACACACACACACACACACACACACACGCGCGCGCACUCACACACACACACA